AUUUUCAUUUUCUGUUCGCAGAAUAUUGCGUGAUACGGAUUGUGCAAGUGGCGGGAAAAGACUGGUCACAUCUCAUCAGGAUCAUUUUGUGGUAAAGCGGUCGCUAAAGAUUGAGUGGAAUGAUGCUGGUCUACAAAAAAUCCAAGCAUAUACGCGGUCGUUUCUUGCCUACGGCGAAGCGUAAUCAGGCGAUUAACUCGUCGGAAGUCGUCAUCUUUAACGGAAACGCUCCGCCGGAGACAAACGUGUUUGCCGACGUUCCACAGUUUUCCGGGUUCUGCCGUGCUUCGGACUCGCAGAACAGUUUUUCCUGCGGAACAAUAUUGCGAUGAUGACAUGGUAAACACGGCACCGCAGCCCGUUGCGUGCACACUUAGACGAAAAACGUCAGCGCUUGCUUCCGGAUGACGCGUGCGUUGCUCAACGCAGUGAAAGUCGCAACAGUCGGGAUUUCAUGGGCUCUCCUCGAGCGUUCCGAUCAAGCGCCUUCACCACACCCGACAAGUCCUUCAAGUGAGUCUGUUGAGAAGGAGGAGGAGGUCUGGACAGCCCGAGAAAAUACAGCCGGCUGGAGAGAGGGGGUUUUUUGCUAAAAAUCGGCAGGGGGGGUUUAUGACCGGUGGGAAAGUUCCGCGUAGCCUAUCGACAUUUGGAUACGGUGUGUGAAAACCGCUGCGAACAUUCGAGUUCAAGGCAUCGGAGAAAUUCCCAUUCUCGAGUCCAGUGAGCGGGACAAUAUCUUGUGGGAAACACGGAAGAUUAAACCCCAGUUCAGGAGCCAAGUUCAAUCGCUUUAUUACGGUACUCGAUAAAUGAAUAUGAUGCUCGGAACCAGUGGAAGAAAUUCAUUAAGAAAUCGUGCCAUGUAUCAAAGGCCUCAAACAAUUUCCAUUACAUCAAGCAUUUGAUUAUCUGGAGUCCAGACAUCUAAGGAAUUUUCCUUAACUGUUUCAAGUCGAGUGAGUUUGACACUGGAAUUCUUUUGGAAAUUCAGAGAAAAACAAAACCGCCGGUCGAAGUCCCUAAUUUAAUUGCUUACUAGUGCCAAGGCUUCAAAAAGUGGCACUAAAAAUUUAAAAAUCCUGUAUUAAAAUUUCGAAUGAGGAAACCGGAAGAGUUCUUAAUCCAAAUUUUAUAUUUUGGUCAUGCUAGAGAAAUGUUAUCGAUGUAGGAAGGAAUUGUGCUAUGCAUCAUAGGAAACUCAAAUCAGGCCUUGUUCAAUGCACUGUGCCACAAAGAAAUUCCAGCUUUCAAGUCCUGUGAGUGUGAAAAUAUGUGACCGAGAAAACCCCUGGUUUAGAAUUUCGAAUCCAAACGCUCAAGACAGUAAUUUAUUAUAAACUAAGGCCUAAGAAAAAAGCCUAAUUGAAAAAGGAAGAAAAAUCCCCGAUUGGCUGGAGGAAGACAGCGAAGACAUUCUGUUGGCGGUAGUGCAAGGCAAGCCUAACGCGACGCAGUGACCCAGUCGAUCGACGAAGGAAAUUAUUCGUGCUUCACGAAACGGACACAAGAUUCACAUUUGGAUGAGGGAGAGAGCGUGAUGUCAUGUUCGCAGUGUGUCUCGCACAGGUCGGCCGCUGAUUGCCCUCGAGAAGCAAUUGCCGCGCGACUGGAAUCGAAAGUGAAAUUGCGCGUCUCGGCAGCCUCCUCAGGAAUCGUAGCAGUAGGCCACGUGCCAUGAGACGUGCGGAAAACCGGAAGCAGCGCAACCACGAGGCAUGCCCAGGUACUUCGCGCUGCGAAACAUUUGGAACCGGACUAGAAGCCGCUUUUCGACAUGGGGCAAGAAGAUGGGAAAGAAAUGGGAUUCGAUGAAGCGGUCGGAUUCGAAAGAGCAGUUGGCUAUUGCAAUCCUGGCGUCGCCCAUCAAACAGCGCAAAAACAAACCUGGCAGUGCCAGCAAAUUGCGGGCUCGCAACACCGAGCCCCUCUCAUCGCCAGCAAUGCCGGAAAUACCCCGAAAUCCGCAAACUCCGCAAACGGAAAUCAGCAAACUGGUGGCUACUCCUAGACCGACGUUUCCGUAUUCUUUUAUAAAAACUUCGAGCAGUCGGCCGAAAUCCGUGGCUGGAACUCUGGUUUUGGAGGAUGCGGAUGUGGUCACGGAAAAAAGUGUUGCCGAGGUGCACGUUGAAUCAUCUGGUAUCCAGAAAAAGAAGCUGUCGUACGUGGAAGCGAGUGAUGAAAGAAUGGAUUUGGGGAUUGGGGAUGGACUUGAUGGCUCGAGUAUCCGUGGUGAUGUUCCAAGAGGAUCUUCGCUACUGCGGUUGAAGUCUAAGCUGGUGAAAAUGAACGACGGCGUGAGACUUCCACACAGAAGCUUCUCCAUGUCUUCUUUGCUUCAUUCCGUCGGGAAAAAAACUGCUAAUCAGCCUUCCAAGUCUUCAACUUUGACGGAUUUCGGCCGCAAGAUCAGUGCGCCCCCGACGCCAAAUCUUGCUUGCGGUGACAAAAACGGUACUUCUUCUUGGUCUUCUGGUUCCGACAAAGCCGAGGACAACCGAACGGAUGAGGAGAAGAUGGGAGAGUUCAAGUUGACUGAUAAUUUUAUCCGAUCAUACAUUGAAGAGCAACAUGCGCCGCCGACUCCAGCACCGAGAACUUCUCGUAGUGAAUCCCGAGUGACGAUCAAUGGAAUGAUGUUCUGUGACAGUCCGCAGAUGCGUAAUGGCGUAAAAAGCAGACAAGGGUUACCAUCACAGUUCUCCACCUUGCCCCCGACCCUUACAGCGUUGAACAAUAAACAAUUCAAGCUCCUGCGGCUCGUGAGAGAGCCAGGUACUCCGUUGGGAAUCUUCAUUACUUCUAAACCGCAUCCGGAAAAGGGUACGCAUGGGUACAUAAUUGCGUACAUCGAACCCGGUGGGCUAACUGACAGGGAUGGGAGGUUUCGGAUCGGCGACGAGAUCAUCAACGUUAACGGGAAAAGAUUGCGUGGAGUUACGCUGGAAGAAGCUCAGAAUUCUUUGCGGACAACGUCGAGGGAUGUAGACAUUGUGAUAGCGCGGGAUCUGAUGGAUUUGGAACAAAAUUCGGCCUGUUUCCCAGCAGCGGAAACUCCGCAGCCAUCUAUCGGAAGUCCUCGCAGACUGGACACUCGUUGCUCUUCUGUGAUGAGUCAUAAUUAUGAAGACAGUGUACUGUACCUUGGCGGAACCGGUGUCGAUACACCGACUGGCAUGGAGGCGUCGUGUCGCCGCAUGCGCAGACCUAACAGUCAACAGGGUGCAAAUGGCAGCCACCUGAGUCUGUGUGAAUCCACCGGUCGUGCUCUUCCGCGACGUCCUAAAUCUCUUUCACUGACAGUACUUGUCAUUUGCUACGAGAAGGGCGAAGGGAAGAAGACCCUGGGAUUCAGUAUUGUCGGUGGAAGAGACUCGCCAAAGGGUUGCAUGGGUAUCUUCGUGAAGACCAUCUUCCCGAAUGGCCAGGCUGCUGAGGAUGGCAAGCUGAAAGAAGGUGAUGAAAUCCUGUCAGUUAACGGCGCCACAUUGCAAGGAUGUUCACAUGCCGAAGCUAUCGGGAUCUUCAGGCAGAUCAAGAUGGGCAGUGUUGUAUUACAUGUUCGGCCUUCUUCCUUGUGUUGGAUAGCUUACUUGAAUGACGUUACUUUUCCCUCACCAGGAGAUAGCCACGGCUUUGAUUUCCAAAUGGGAAAGUCCUCUAAAGACAAGCGUGAUAUUUAUUACCGUCUUGCGAAAGAAGAAGGUUGGCGGGCACGCAGCGCGUUCAAGUUGAUGCAGAUAGAUGAGACGUUUGACAUCUUCAACGGUGUUACGAAGGUUGUAGAUUUGUGUGCUGCACCUGGAAGUUGGAGUCAAGUGAUAGCGAAAACGUUAACGCAACCCGAUGACCCUCCUGAGGAAGAAAAGCGCGUGAAAAUCGUAGCUGUUGAUUUGCAAGCAAUGGCUCCGAUCCCCGGAGUGGUACAAAUUCAAGGCGACAUCACGAAAGUGUCGACUGCUGAAGCAAUAAUAGCGCAUUUUUCCGGUCAAAAGGCGGACCUCGUAGUCUGUGAUGGUGCUCCGGACGUCACCGGUAUGCAUGAUAUGGACGAGUAUUUGCAGUCUCAAUUGCUUCUGGCUGCCCUGAACAUCACCACUCACGUCCUUAACGAGGGAGGCACGUUCGUUUGCAAAAUAUUUCGCUCGAAAAAUGUCACCCUCACGUGUUCGAAGUUGGCUGUUUUCUUCCCGUUCAUCAAGAUUGCGAAACCCCGAAGCUCACGAGUAUCAUCCAUUGAGUCAUUUGUUGUGUGCAAAGGGUACAAGCCACCGAAAGGAUAUGUUCCAGUUAUGUACAAUCCGCUUCUCGGCCCUGAUUACGAAGAGGUGGUGAAUCAACUGGAAGGCAUCAAUAGAUUCAUCGUCCCUUUCAUUGCCUGUGGUGAUCUAAGUGGAUUUGAUUCAGAAAAGAAUUAUCCGCUCCAGCUUGAAGGUUGCGAUACCUACACCCUUCGUAAACCGACACAACCACCGAUUCACCCCCCUUAUGAAGAAGCUUUGUCACGUUUUCCGGAAAAUCCGAGAAAUUUCGACGAAAGUCACGAAAGCGAUUAG